GGAUCCGGCUUCUGCGUCAGGAAGGGAUCAUGAGCCUUUUCUAGGCUGAGCAUCUCUGGUUUUCCGGGCUGCGAGCAGCGUUGGAAGCUCCAGGCAUCAUGACGGACUGGGUGCUCCUGGGCAUGAUCGGGGCGCUCGUUGUGCUGCUGUUGCUGACGGUCUUYGGUUUCGCCGUCUACUCGGGGCUCUUCACGGAGGUGGUCGUGAGCGCCGGCUCCCCACCCGUCGGCAGCAUCACACUGGCCUACAAGUUCCGCGUGGGGCCGUACGGCGAGUCGGGGCAGCUCUUCACGGACGGCUGCAGCAUUUCCUCGAAGCUCUGCUCCAUCGGUGUCUACUACGACAACCCUCACACGGUGGCCCCAGAAAAGUGCCGGUUUGCCAUAGGCCGCAUCCUGAGCGAGGGCGAUGCGAAGCCGUCCGAGGAGCAGAUCAAGCAAUUCCAGAAGUAUGGCUUCAAGAUCUUCUCCUUCCCUGCUCCCAGCCACGUGGUCAUGGCCACGUUCCCGUUCACCACGCCGUUGUCUAUCCACCUGGCAGUCAGCCGUGUCCACCCGGCCCUUGACACCUACAUCAAGGAGAGGAAGCUGUGUGCCCACCCCAGACUUGAGAUCUACAAAGAAGACCGAAUCUAUUUCGUGUGUCCCCUUGCUCGCCAAGGGGACUUUUAUGUGCCUGAAAUGAAAGAGUUGGAGAGGAAGAGCAGAGCUGCGGCAGCUGAGGCUGAAGAUGCACAGACAGAUAUCACAGGGGCCGACACCAUGAGUGAGACCAGCUCYGUCAGCCUGGAGGCCACAACGGGCAGCAGAGACACCUCAGUGGCCACCUCCAUCCUGUCACCAUUCCCAGCCAGCCGUGGCCGGGAAGAGGCCGACAAUCGUAGCGAGCACAGCUACAGCGAGUCGGGAGCCAGUGGCUCUUCCUUCGAGGAGCUGGACCUAGAAGUCACUGGGGAUGGCGAGGGAGCUCCAGGCCUGCUGCCUGACUUGGGCUACGCAGAAGRCAAGGAGGUCACAGGCAAGUGGACCAAGGAACCCGUUGCUGCUGAGAGAGGCGAGGAGUAAAGCAGGGACCUUGCUUCCUCGCCUUCCGUAGGGAUCCGAAGUACUGGGAACUGGCCAUCUUUCCUGUCUCCUUCCUCUCCAGCCAAGAGAUUUGAGUUACUGAUUCUUCCUGGGACUUGCUCUCCUCCUUUGCAGAAGAAAAAAAAAAAAAAAAAAGAAAAAGAAAGAAAGAAAAAGGUGUUUGAACGAUACCAGGAUGGAUGGUUCAGCCAUGGUGGUGUGUAGCUGAAAGGCUACAACGCUUUAGGUUGUAGGUCUYCUACAACGCUUUAGGGGUGCUGGGGUAGGUGCAGGCUGGUGGGCAGCAAAACGYGGCUGCAGUUUAGGUGACCCUGGGUUGCAAAGUCUCUGUGGGCAUCGCUGAGUGUGUGUGGGCGCAGGGCACGGGUUCCUCCUCUCUCGGCCGAGGCCCCUCUCUCUCCCGCAGCCUGUUUCUGUGUCACACGAGGUGUGUGUCUUCUAGCACCAAAGAGCAAUGAAUAGGGUUGGUUAAUUUUGUCCCUCCUGCCACUUCCUUCUCUCUUCCUUGCUGGAAAUUGAAACAUCUGGUGUAAAAUUGUCCUCCUGAAACUGCCUUGGGAGCUUCUGGAAUCUGUAAUAAAGUGGAUGCUUUUCC